GCCAAAAGAGUUUAUGCAGAGAACUAAGGGUUCUGAAGGCAUCUGGACGUAACCUCUAACUUAACCCGACCCGCGAUCACUUUUUCCGCGAACCUUAUUUCUACAGAUUCUUGAAUCUUCCGUCGAUUCCGAUUAACCCUAGAAGGAGCACUUUAUUCUCCAAGUUUAGCAAUGGAGAUGAAGUCGAUGACACUACUCAUACUAUACGCAACUCAGACGGGAAACGCAUUAGAUGUAGCCGAGCGUAUUGCACGAGAAGCUGAGCGAAGAGCCUGCACCGUCGUUAUUAGUUCAACCGACGAUUAUGAUGCUAAUUCGUUGCCUGCUGAAGACACUGUCAUUUUUGUUGUUUCUACCACAGGCCAAGGGGAUACUCCAGAUUCUAUGAAGGUAUUUUGGAGGUUUCUUCUGCAAAGAAAUCUUGGCAGCCAUUGGUUGGAAGGAAUUCACUAUGCAGUGUUUGGAUUAGGAGAUUCAGGGUACCAAAAAUAUAAUUUUGUUGCAAAGAAGCUUGAUAAAAGACUUUCAGACCUUGGGGCUACAGCUGUUGUUGAGAGAGGUUUGGGAGAUGAUCAGCAUCCUUCAGGGUAUGAAGCUGCUUUGGAUCCUUGGUUAUCAUCAUUGUGGAGUAGGUUAAAUGAGAUCAAGCCCCAUUUCUUUCCAAAAGGUCCAGAUUUUUUGGUUUCAAAUGAGGAAUUAAUUGGCCUACCGAAAGUUCAAGUCACUUAUCAUAAUGUCAAUGACAUGGAUUCCCGAUUAUCAACUGCAACAGAUUUUAAAUACCUUCAGAUGCAAAUUGGGAGGGCUCGUUCAAUGUCUUCCGGAAAAGUUCCUCAUGAGAAGAGCAAGCCUGAUGCCUUUCUCAAAAUGGUGAAAAAUUUCCCAUUGACCAGAGCAAGCCACGAAAAAGAUGUGCGUCACUUUGAAUUUGAAUUUGUUUCUCAGGUGAUUAAGUAUGAAAUUGGUGAUGUUCUAGAGGUUCUCCCUUCACAGAGUCCUGCAGCAGUUGAUUCUUUCAUACAGCGCUGUAAUUUGGAUCCUGAAUCAUUAAUAACAGUCCAUCCUAGAGAAAUGGAAAACCGCCAUAUUGAUAACAAUGUAAAUACUUUGGAUGUACCCAUUAAAUUAAGAACUUUUGUGGAACUGACAAUGGAUGUCACAUCUGCUUCUCCCAGGCGCUAUUUCUUCGAGGUGAUGAGCUUCUUUGCCACUGCUGAACAUGAGAAAGAAAGACUUCAGUAUUUUGCUUCACCUGAAGGAAGAGAUGAUCUUUAUCAGUACAACCAGAAGGAAAGAAGAACUGUUGUGGAGGUAUUGGAGGAUUUCCCUUCUGUGCAAAUGCCAUUUGAGUGGUUUGUGCAAUUGGUUCCACCACUGAAAAACAGAGCUUUCUCCAUUUCUUCUUCCCCUUUGGCUCACCCAACUCAAGUGCAUUUGACUGUGGAUGUCGUGUCAUGGACAACACCUUUCAAGCGGAAAAGACAAGGCCUCUGCUCAACAUGGCUGGCCAGUCUCGAUCCUGAACAAAGUAUAUACAUCCCAGUAUGGUUUCAUAAGGGUUUGCUGCCUCCCCCACCACCUUCGCUUCCCCUCAUUGUCAUUGGUCCUGGAACUGGUUGUGCACCUUUUCGUGGAUUUGUGGAGGAAAGAGCUGUACAGAGUCAAUGUAGUACGAUUGCUCCAACUCUUCUCUUCUUUGGUUGCCGUAAUGAGAAUAAUGACUUUCUGUAUAGAGAUUUUUGGUUGUCCCAUUCAGAAAAUGACGGAGUGCUUUCAGAAGCCAAGGGUGGUGGGUUUUAUGCUGCCUUCUCGAGAGACCAACCCCAGAAGGUUUAUGUCCAACAUAAAAUGCAGGAACAAAGUGAAAGGAUUUGGAAUUUGCUGUGUGAGGGAGCGGCCAUCUAUGUUGCAGGGUCUUCAACAAAAAUGCCAUCAGAUGUGAUGGUAGCCUUUGAGGAGAUUAUAUCUAAGGAAAGUGGGGCUCCGAGGGAAUCUGCGGUGAGAUGGCUGAGGUCCUUAGAAAAAGCUGGUAAAUAUCAUGUUGAAGCUUGGUCAUGAGACUGGGCGUUGUGAGUAAAGGGAUCAAAAUUGAAGGUAAUUGAAGGUACUGAGGCAAUUUAUGGAACCAUAUAAAAAGCAAAGAUUUGAUUUGUCUUACUGUGACUGUUCUGUAUUGUGGUAUGUUUAGGUGUGCAAAAUUUGUUGGUCGAGAACAGAAAAUCUCAAGAAUAGUACCAUUAUUGAGGUUUCCAGUUUGGAAUUCUUAGCUGUUGCCAUUUAAAUCUCUGGUUUUUAAGUAGACUUGAAUCCAACAUAGUUGGUUUUGUAUCGGUUUUGGCGGUAUUGGUUGGUGCAAACUGUUCCAAUGCUAAUUCAUUGUUUCACAUAGGUGAAAAUUUCAGUCUAUAUUGAACGUAUUGUCUUGUUGAACGUCA